CAAGAUGUUCUUCAAUUCCGUCCGUGACCAUGUUAUCGAGCACGCCGCGAGAUUCCAAGCAUCCAAUAUUGUGACUCGGUUUCUCGACUUUACCUCAAAGUCCUCGCAACCUGUUCUGUUUAAUAUGCUCGAGGAAGUGCCCAAGUUUGGCCUCUCUUCUGACAUGUCCUAUGUAGCGCCAGCACGUCGUGCCAAUAACAUGAAUAGCAUAAUCUUGUGCAUCACAUCAACAGCUUUGGACUCACUGAUACACACUCCACACCGAGCAUGCUGCCUCGACAGUAUCUACCUUCCUACCUAUGCAGCCUCCGAUUCUCGUCCUGCCAGUCCGAUGAAGUAACACUGCGGAUGGCGUUCGCUGGCUGCUUCCUGUUGUGGUCGCUGUCGAGACAUGGCCAACACAUUGAAUCCUUGGUGGUAAGAAUACUGCGGAGCGUCUAUUGGCUGCGGGGAGAGGUUGGAAAUGGAUUGGAUGUAUACCGACAAACACAAGCACCACAUGUGGGCUGCUGCAGUAAGAAGAGGUCCAUCUCGCGGACUUCAUUCUGUCAUUUAUCGUAUUUAGGAUCUCAACAUUGCACCGAUACGAGGGCUGUUGAUCGAUGGAACGUCUUACCGCUCGUGUUGCACUUCAUUUUGCUAUCACGGGCUGCUGGCUGGCAUCUGAUACUUUGCCAGCUCGACAUUGAGGCCCUGUACUUCAACACUAAACCUCAGAAAGUUCUCUUGGCCGGCAAAUUCGGUGUAGUCCCCCACAUAGUAGGCAUCAUUUGGAUGAUGAUGGGUUACUACACAGUCAGAGAUUUAGGAACAAAUUCAGCUUGACUGUUGAACUGUAGAUGCCUAUUGGGUUGGAGAAAAGGUGAGGCGGUUUGCCUGUUGGCAAGGUGUGCAAUCACCAUGGAAGCUAUUGGAUCAGAAGUGGGAGCGAGACCGGAACCCUGCGGUGUAAAGAGUUGGUAAGAUCGUGCCAAGGAGUUUCUACACUUUGAGAGUGUUUGGUCGGAUGCCGUUGGCCUGCAGUGCGACCCUGAAUUUACAGACGUGGAUCAAAAUUGAGGCUGACGAGGUUUGACGAUCAACUGUCAAUGGAAAUAGGUGGGUGGUAGGGUGGGUACCUCCCUGUUGGCCUCAGACCCACCAACGAAUUUUUAGCGCUUUUGGGGGACGGGAGCACUAGGGUAGCGGAGGUGGAAGAUCAUCUGUGGCUGGAGACGUUGCAAGAGAACUUCAAACGACGAUCAAGUAUACCUAGGUCCAAGGUUCCACGGGCGCCUUGGAAGUGGAGGUUCAAUAAUAUUGUUGACCUGAGUAAGACUGAAGGUCCUACUGUACUUUGGUACUCACAUGAGUGGAAAGAUCAACAAUGCAUUGGCUGCCUAGGACGGACAGUCAUAUUCAUUGUCAUCUGCAACAUCUGCCAGGGAUUCGAUGUAAACUAACAAGUGGUGGAAUGCUUUUUGUUGAACACACCUAUUUACCCAAUCAAUUUGUGCAGAACCAACUGAUUCUACCUACCUAUGCAUGGAUGUUUUGUGGCUGCUGCGUACAUUUUUUGGUGCCUGCCUGAGCCAGGAGAGGCAAGAAAGCUUUACAUCUGAGUCCCAAGGGAUAAAAACACCCAGGCAAGUUAUUAUAAGUUUCACGUAGUCCUUGGUAAGUUUAUUCUGGCCUCUUUCAAUACGUUCUAAAGUUUUCUUGCUCCCUGAGGCUUGCCCGGGUUGGUACCUAGUAGCCAAAGAUGCAAUUGGCUCGUUGACCUCUGUAUCUGUAUCUGCAUCUGCCUGGCACUUCCAUGCACUAGCACUGUUAUUCAUUGCCUCACGCCUUCCAUUCGCUUGCAGCCCGGACUUGUGCGAGCGCCCUCUCCUCCCUCUCCCCCUUCUUUCCCUUCUUCCUCCUGCCUAUUUCUUUUUUUAAAACAUUCCAUUCCGUACUUUCUCUCUCAUCUUGUUGAUGUCUUCCACCUCUCCCUUCAUACAGUAAUGCGAUACCAGUAGUAGUAUUGACAUUCAAACGAACCUCCCCAACCAGCAGUCUUUUCUGUAUUCUAUGGUGACAUCUUUCAAAUCCAUCUCGGGUAACCAAGCACCAGCUCUACUCACAAGAUCGCUUUGAGACAACUCAACUUUGCUAUUUCGCCAAAGCUCUCUCGAUUGAAUCGACUGCAGCAAGGUACUUGUGUCACGCUCCAGCAUCAAAAUCAAUAUGGAGCAGACAGAUUCGAUCACUCCCUCUGAUCGUCAAAGUGGACCAAAACACAACAAGAAGUCUGGCCAACAAGAGGCAGAUACCACGAUGGCUAAUGACGUUGACCCAUCAGCCCCUGCUGCGACCCCUUCCGAGUCGGUGGAAAGAACUUCUAAGAGUGGUUCUUGUUCGAGGAAGAGCAGGCAGCAGAAGAAGGAAAGGAGUCAAGAGACCAAGCCGGCUUCGGUGAAAGACGAGGCUGAGGCUUCUGGCAUUUCCAGUGAAGACGAAUCUACUUCGGAUGAUGAUGAAGCCUCAGAAACCGUAACACUAGCUGCCAAGAAAUAUUCGGGAGUUAAUGGCACUACUAAGAAUAAGAAGGAACGAGCCAACAGUAUCGUUUCCAAGAAAAAGACCUCCAAGGCUUUCACUAAGAAGCAGAAGAAACCAAAGAAGAAAAGCAACAAGAACAAGGCGGGCAGUUGCUCUGACACCGCUUCCGAUUCGGACAGUGGUUCAGAUUCCUCCGAUCCCGAAUCUUCUGAUAAUGAGGACCCUGCUGAGAAAAAUGACCGAACCAAGUCCUCUCCAGGCCUCGAGAGCCAACUUAGGGCGCUCGAGUUCCAGUUUGCUCAACUGCAGCAGCAGCUGGGCGCAUCUAAUGGCCUGGCUUCAUCCGUUAACCCAAGCGCUUUCACCUCGUUUGGUUCGUCGGCUUUGCCGUAUUCUGUCCAAAAUCCUCUUGUCCAAAAUCCUCUGUCUUCACAGGUAGCUAAUCUCGAUCCACUACUCACUAGUCGUCGACCAAUUGGUCACUAUGAUCCUCGCAGACGUCGACCCAUGCGACUUUCAGGAAUACCAACUCUCGAAGGUAGUGACCGAGAUAGUAUUACCAAUGAUUACUUGCGUGGCGAGUUGAGGGCUAAGGGGGAAAAGCCUAAGGGUCCUGCCUUUAAACGCGUGGAUCAGGUGUGGGACAACAGCAUACACAAUUUCAAACUUCAGGAUACAGCCGACACAGACACCGAUUCCCAGUACGACGAAUACAUCUUUCAUGUCAGAAGGAAGUUCGACUGGGAGGGAAAACAUGCAGCAACUGUUGUCGACAUCAAGAGCAAAUUGCUUCGGGAAUGUCUGCAGGACGUUAUCGGCAACGCAGAAGGCAUUAGCCUGGUAGACGAAACACCAAAAAUGAACCCUGAGGUCCUUUUCUUGUACCUAGAAGACCUCCGUGAUCAUUUGAAGGCACUGCGCAAAGCUAAACCUGCUGGCAAGUCCAAGAAGAGUCGGAAGAAAAAUAAAAGUCUACUCAAGGAAAAGAAACAGCAUCUUAAGAUACUUAUCAAGUAUCUUGACCAUGACUUUGAAAGCACAAAAGAAAGUCUCUAUCCCAUGCUCAAGAAUGGCCUCAUCACAUUUGAGCUGCUUUGGGCUUUGUGGAAACCGGAUACACUUGUCUAUGCCACAACGUACGGAAACGCAAGCGAGCCACGAGUGUUCAAAGUCGAAUCAGCCCACUUACAUCACAGCGUUAUGAGAGGCAGUUAUUAUCACAUUGAAGGUAAAUAUAUGGAAUUCGAUGGCAAACGCUUUGGUUAUGGCAACACCUCAGUCGAGAUAGACGGGUUCCAAGGCGCCAAGAAGGUCAAGAGUCUUCCUUGUUAUCCGCUUGAAUACCACCACAACGAGCAGAAACUCCGACUUGAUUUGAUUGAAAGAGGCAAGAAGUUUGCGUCAUUGAGCGGUGUUCACUACAAGAGCUACAAGGGCAUUGCCUUCAUGAAGCGUAGGAAUGGCUCGGUUAUGAAGUUUAACAUCCAGUCCAGCAGAGUCAUGAUCGACCCGACUAUCUUUAGGAAGACCAACCCCAACUACAGCGUCUCGACUGUUAAGCCCAAGGACCCCGAUAUCAUCGAGGAAGAGACUUCGGAAUCGGAUUCCGGUAACUGUGCGUGUGGCUCAGAUUCGGAGGGUGCAGGAAUGGUGAAGUUUGUCAAGAAAGUCUACAAGGACGAGAAUGGCGACGUACAUAUGGUCAGCUUUCCGAAAGGUUUGGUGAAGAAUGAGCCCGGAAACGCCGAACUCGAUGAACUCCCCUCCAAAAAUGUGGAGGGGGAUGAUGACGAGGACGUGGACACCGUCGACUUCACGGAUGAGGAUUAUCUCAUUGCCUCUCCGGUGGUACUUGGUUUCUCAUUUUCAGAAAAGCAAUGGCUGGAGCUCGCCGUUUCCUGCGUCAAUGAAAUCCAAUGGAAUGAGAAGGCGUGGGACUCCCUGGUUCUGGAAGAUGGCACCAAAGACCUGAUCAAGGCCCUUGUGAAGUCACGCAAGUAUCACGCGGCUAACACUAUCGAUGAUGUUAUCCAGGGCAAGGGAAAGGGACUCGUCACCGUCCUACACGGACCUCCUGGAACUGGCAAGACACUCACGGCUGAAGGAAUCGGAGAAUUGCUUCAAUGCCCACUUUAUAUGGUAUCGGCUGGCGAGUUAGGGACAGACUCGAGGUUUCUGGAGGCAGAGUUGCAAAAAAUACUGGACAUUUGCCAUGCUUGGGGUGCUAUCCUUCUUCUGGAUGAGGCAGACGUAUUCCUGGAAAAACGCAAUAUGCACGACAUCCAUCGCAAUGCCCUUGUGAGCAUUUUCCUUCGGCAGCUGGAGUAUUUCCAGGGAAUUUUAUUCCUCACGACGAACCGAGUAGAAACCUUCGACGAAGCCUUCCAGUCCCGAAUUCACAUCGCCUUGCGAUAUGACAAUCUCAAGUCUCCUGCAAAGCGGGCUAUCUUUAAGAUGUUCCUCGACCGUGUUCAUAAGCUGGGCAAGCUCAAAGUAGAACCAUUGACCGAGGAUGAUCUGGACUUACUGUCGAAGCAAGCUCUGAAUGGACGCGAAAUCAAGAACGUGGUGGGCUCGGCUCAGGAUCUCGCCGUUAACAAGGGUGAGGCUCUUAGCAUGCGCCACAUCAGACAGGUUCUCGAAGUUCAUGCCAAAUUUGGGCGGGAUUUGAAAGGAGGAACUGGUUAUGAGGAUGCUAUGAGAAGCUACUUCUAGUUUUGGAUUGGGGAUGAUAUCGGUUACUGGACAGCGGUGAAAAGACGACAGAGAUAGCUCGUCUUAUGCCGAGCGUCUGAGAUUAAGAUUACUUGGUAUUCAUGUCUGAUAGUCUGAGCUAUAGCGUUGAUGAAUAAUGUAUGUAUAAGCUUCUGCGAUAAACUCUGUUUGCUCGA